UUUAUGUAUUUAUUUGACGGCAGUCGGGGAGUACUAUUGUCAAAGUUUUUAGACUAAUAUCCACAAGUGGUUAAAUUUUUUUCUCCAUGUGAUGUCAUUUAAGGAUAAAAAACUGUUGCUGGUGUUUUAGACAUUCUCUCAUCAUUAACCAAUCAAAUUUAAGGACAUAAAAUACCCAAAUUGGUGAUUUUAACAUGUGAGUCAUGGUGCCACAGUAAGAAGUUGGUCAAUAAUUUGCAUGACAUUUUGUAUGUGUUCAUGCAAAUAUUGAGAUGGCUACAAUAACAAGAAAGGGAGAUGGAAACAACAGUUUCCUGAGGGCAGCAAGGGAUGGUAACCUUGAGGAUGUGUUAGAGUAUCUAAAGGGCAGUACUGACAUCAAUACUAGCAACUCUAAUGGUUUGAAUGCUUUACACCUUACUUCAAAAGAAGGACAUAUAAAGAUUGUUGAAGAGCUGCUGAGUCGAGGAGCUAACAUAGAAGCUGCUACCAAGAAAGGGAACACAGCACUUCACAUAGCAUCGUUAGCAGGACACCUUAAUAUUGUCAGUUUAUUGGUAGAAAACAAAGCCAAAGUCAAUGUACAAGCUCAGUUUGGUUUCACACCACUGUAUAUGGCAGCACAAGAAGGCCAUUCAGAAGUUGUUAAAUAUCUCCUAUCCAAUGGAGCGAGCCAAGGACUAGCCACACAGGAUUUAGAUGGUAGUACUGAGGAUGGAUUCACUCCCUUGGCUGUGGCUUUACAACAAGGAAAUGAGAGAGUAGUAUCAGUCUUGUUAGAACAUGAUUCCAAGGGCAAGGUCAAAUUACCAGCUCUCCAUAUUGCUGCCAAGAAAGAUGACAUGAGAUCUGCCAACUUACUGUUACAGAAUGAACAAAAUGAUGUUAAUGGAGAAACUAAGGAUGGAGGACUUGUCAAUGAUACAACCAAGAGUGGAUUUACACCUUUACAUAUUGCUGCUCACUAUGGCAACAUAAACGUAGCAACACUUUUGAUUUCUAAAGGUGCAGAUGUCAAUUUUAGAGCCAAGAACAAUAUUACUCCACUCCAUGUAGCUUCCAGAUGGGGAAAGGACAAGAUGGUUACUUUACUUCUAGACAACAAAGCAGUAAUUGAUGAAAAAACUAGAGAUGGAUUAUCUCCCCUACAUUGUUCAGCUAGAAGUGGACAUGAAAUGGUUGUGGAUACUUUACUGGAAAGAGGAGCACCAAAAUCUUCUACAACUAAGAAUGGGUUAACUCCCUUGCACAUGGCAGCACAAGGUGAUCACAUGGACUGUGCCAGACUUCUGUUGUACCACAAAGCUCCCGUUGAUGAUGUCACUGUGGACUACCUGACACCACUGCAUGUUGCUGGACAUUGUGGUAAUGUAAAGACGGCCAAGUUACUUCUGGACAGGAAGUGUAACCCUAAUGCUAGAGCUCUGAAUGGAUUCACACCACUACAUAUUGCUUGUAAGAAGAACAGGAUCAAGGUCGUUGAACUUCUCCUGAAAUAUGGAGCAUCAAUACAAGCUACCACUGAGUCUGGACUAACACCUUUACAUGUGGCCUCCUUUAUGGGACAUAUGAAUAUUGUGAUUAGUCUAAUCCAAAACAAUGCCAGUCCAGACCAUCCCACGGUUCGUGGAGAGACAUCAUUACAUCUAGCCGCCAGAGCUAACCAGACAGACAUCAUCAGAAUCUUACUCAGAAAUGGAGCCACCGUGGAUGCACGAGCUAGAAAAUAUUAUAUAGAAAAUGAACAACAAACACCUCUACACAUAGCUGCAAGACUGGGUAAUGUUGACAAUGUUACAUUACUGUUACAACACGGAGCCAACGCUGAUGCUGUCACCAAGGACUUAUACACGCCAUUACACAUCGCUGCAAAGGAAGGAAAUGAAGAAGUAGCUUCUGUUUUGUUAGAUCAUGGAGCGUCACAUGGUCUUACUACUAAGAAAGGAUUCACUCCACUGCAUAUUGCAUCCAAAUAUGGAAAUAUCAAAGUUGCAAGUCUACUCCUACAGAAGGGAGCUAAUCCAGAUGUCCAAGGAAAGAAUGGUCUGACUCCUCUACAUGUGGCUACACAUUACAAUCAUUCCAACGUAGCUUUUCUACUGUUGGACCACAAGGCAUCACCACAUUGUACAGCUAAGAAUGGCUACACACCUCUACACAUAGCUGCCAAGAAGAAUCAGAUGGAUAUAGCUACUACACUACUAGAGUUUAGUGCUGAUCCUAAUGCUGAAUCAAAGAAUGGUUUCUCACCACUUCACUUAGCUGCACAAGAAGGUCAUACAGACAUGGUAUCUCUUCUACUGGAACAUAAAUCUAAUGUUGGUGCCAAAGCUCAUAAUGGAUUAACACCAAUGCACCUUGCUGCUCAAGAAGACAAAGUCAAUGUUGCUGAAGUAUUGGUCAAAUAUGGCUCAGAAAUUGACCCACAAACUAAGGCUGGAUACACCCCUUUACACACUUCAUGUCAUUUUGGACAGAUUAACAUGGUUCGCUUCCUCUUGGAACAUGAAGCUUCUGUCAGCGCUACCACCAAGCUUGGCUACACACCACUACACCAGGCAGCUCAACAAGGACAUGUACAAGUUGUCAAUCUCUUGCUGAAAAACAAGGCUUCACCUAACGCUGUCUCUAAUAAUGGACAAACAGCUCUUUCCAUUGCACAACGCCUUGGUUACAUAUCAGUUGUUGAUACUCUAGCUGGUGUUACUGAGGUAACAGAAACCAUUCCAACAGCAGAGGACAAAUACAAGGUCGUUUCUCCAGAAACCAUGCAGGAGACAUUACUAUCUGAUUCAGAAGAUGAAGGAGGAGAUGAUUUUCUGCCCCAAUCACCAUUAUUUGGGAAGCCUUUAUAUGAACAACAUAUAAACUUGCCAUUUUACGAGGGCAAUCAAAUGCAGUCUAGAGAGGAUACAAUUUCGUUGGAGAGAGGUGAAAGUUCAUCACCAUUGGAUACUUCCUAUGAAGGCAUGAAGGAGUUUCAGUUCCGACAUCCUGUCACUGAUGAUCAGAGACGUAGAAUCAAGAGUGAAAUAAGCACAGCCAUGCGCUACCCAUCUUAUUUACAACGUGACCCUGAUUACGAAGCAGAGAUGCAAUAUUUCCGUGGGGACACCUUGUCUCCCUCUUCCAGGGAGAAAGGGUCGUCUAGAGGUGAUAGUGUGUUUGGAGCAGAUUAUUCUACUUUAGAGAGAAUGGAUCAAAGUAAUUCCCAAUCUGAUGUACAUAUCCGUUCUGUUGAUGCCAGUACUAGUGAACUUGAUUUUACUGAUGAUUUCGAUGAUAGUAUGAAGAAGAGAGAAAGUGCUACCUUACCAUUCUCUGAAGAUUUCUAUCUGCGCAAGUCUGUCAGAUCGUACGGAAAAGAAGGUGUCAAGAUUUAUCCAGGCUCUGGAUACAAGUCCUACCCUGACAAACCUUCUUUGUCAAACGCUGUGUCCUAUAGUGUUGAGGGAAUCGAUUUAAACGAUCAGUUUAAAUUUCUCCCUGAUGAUUCAGUGGAAAGAAGGAAAGCCUCACAGGGUUCAUCUCAGGACUUUAUGGAGAGAGAAGUGAUGACUCAAUCAUUUGCUACGUACUCCCAGAGUGCACCAGAUACCCGACUGUCACCAGGAGCUCCCAAGAAGGACAUGAAGUGUAGUUCCUACAGUGGAUCAUCCUUUAACACAUCUUUUGAUCCUGACAAUGUGGCUAUAGAGAGAACACCAACAUAUUCUGGCAAACUUAAAUGGAAAAGCUUCCUCAUCAGUUUCAUGGUGGAUGCUAGGGGUGGAGCCCUCCGUGGACGUCGCCACUCUGGAGUAAGGAUAAUUAUACCACCAAGGAAAGCUUCCAUGCCCACAAGAGUAACAUGUCGCCUCAUCACUAAAGAGAAACUUAACCAUCCAUUGCCUCUAAAUGAAGGCGAGGCAUUAGCUUCCCGUAUCCUGGAAAUGGGACCAGUCGGAACCAAAUUCUUAGGAAAUAUUGUUUUAGAAGUACCACACUUUGCCUCCCUGCGUGGUAAAGAAAGAGAAAUCAAGAUCUUAAGAAGUAACAAUGGUGAAAAAUGGGACGAACAUCCAAUUGUGGCCUCUGAUGAAGCUGUUAACAAGGCAUUGGAACAAAGCAUGGAAGUUUCUGAUCUGGAACAAGAGGACGAGGCAACUGGAAAGAGAAUUACCAGAAUAUUGACUGAUGACCUUCCUCGGUAUUUUGCCUUGGUCACUAAGAUAAAGGAAGAGAAGCGACAUAUUGGUGGUGAAGGUGGAGUAAUCAGUUCUACUGUUGUACCACAAGUACAGGCAGUUUUCCCAGAAGGGGCAUUAACAAAGAAGAUAAAAGUUGGUCUGCAGGCACAGAAAAUAAAUCCAGAUCUUGUCGCUAAGAUGUUAGGGAAUCGUGUAGCUGUUAGUCCAAUCGUUACGGUGGAACCAAGACGUCGUAAAUUUCACAAGGACAUCAUCCUAACAAUACCUGUCCCCAAGGCAGCUCAGAAAGGCAUGAUUAACCAGUAUAGUUCUGAAGCUCCAACACUCAGAGUACUGUACAGCAUAGCAGGCUCCAACCAUUCCUUAAACAGAGAGGGAACUGAUGUUUCUGUAUGGGAAGAUUACACUAAAGCUGCUAAUAUAAAGUUUUCAGAAGAUUGUGUCUCCAUUACAACUAGUGUGUCUGGAAGGUUUUGGCUAAUGGACUGUCAGAACAUAGCUGAUGCCCCUCGGAUGGGAACAGAAUUAUACCAUGAAGCUAUAACUAUACCAUACAUGGCCAGAUUUGUUUGUUUUGCUAAACGUACUGGAGAAGAAGAAGGAAAACUACGAAUGUUUUGUAUGACAGAUGACAGACUUGAUAAAACAUUGGAAAAGCAGGAACAUUUCGUUGAAGUGGCUAGAAGUAGAGAUGUAGAGGUAAUUGAUGGAAGACCACAGUUUGUAGAAAUGGCAGGAAAUUUAAUCCCCAUUACCAAGUCAGGUGAUCAGCUCUACAUCAAUUUUAAAGCUUUUCGUGAAAACCGGCUACCUUGUACUUUAAGAAUACGAGACUUGGAUCAAGAUCCUGCAGCUAGAGUCGCCUUUAUGAAGGAACCUAAAGUUGCCAGAGGAGAAGUACCCCAGACUCCAAUUUGUAAUCUCAAUGUUUCGCUGCCAGAUAUGUCUACAUCAUCCUCCAUGGAAAUGGAUGGAGAGGCAGUUAGAGAACUUAGAAACAGAUCCUCACUUAUCAAAGAACAUGGUAUUGUUGUUCAAGACAGAGUACAACAGGCCUCCAUCAGAUUGACAGAUGUAGCUGAUACACUGAAGGGAGAUUGGGUCAUGUUAGCUCAACAGUUAGAUGUUUCCUCAUCAGAAAUUAAUGACAUUAACAACCAAUACAAAACUGUUAAUGACCAAGCUCUUGCCAUGCUACAGCUCUGGGUGGAUAAAGAUACUGAACCAAACAAAGGUCAAGCCUUAGAAAGAGCUCUAAUAAAGAUCAAUAGAGAAGAUGUUGUCAAGAAAUGUAUAUAUAAUGUGGAGAAUGUUGAGGAUGAGAUGGAGGCAGCUGCUGCUAGAGUUGCUAUGGACCAAUCAGGUUUUGACACUUUUACUGAGGAGGUUGGAAUAUCUAGAGAAGAUUCAAUGAAGCGUAACAUGUCAUUAGAUGUACAAUUUGAUGAACAAGAUAUGGUUAAGGAAUCUGAAUCUGUAGUGGAAUCUCCAAGUUCUGAUGAUAAACAAGCUCCUCAGGCUUUAGAAGAAGAAACAGAAACAAGGGAAGAUGAAUUUGUGGUCAGAGUUGAUGAACGACGACCACAAGCAAAAGAAGAAGUUAAAGUAGAAAAGCAAGAUGACGACUUCUUCGAUUUAAUUGAUCAACUUGAUAAAUAUAGCCAGGAUAAAGAACGAGGAACAGUAGACAGAGAAGAUAUUGAUGACAAGCCAACAGUAACUGAGGAUGAAAUCGUUCAUACAAAACAUGAACGUCUGUCGCCAGAAGAGAUAAUAUCAAUUGUAGAAUCUAUUGAUCAGCAAGCUGCUCCCCCACCACAAAAACAACAACAGCAAGAGAGAGAAGCAGGGGAUGAUGAAUUGGUGGUUACAGUUGAUGAACGUAGACCACAAGCAAAACAGGAAGUUCAAGUUCAAAAACGAGAUGAAGACUUUCUAGAUUUAAUUGGACAGCUUGACAAAUUUUCCGAUUUAAAACAUCAACCAGAAAAGGAGAGAAAAGAUGAUGUUCAGCCUGAACUGAAAGAAGAGGAAAUUGUUCAUACAAAGAAUUCACGUCCAAGCUCUCAGGAUAUUGUUAUAGAUAUGGUAGAGACCAUGAAACAGUUAUCAAUCCCUCAAAAACAAAAAAUCAAAGAGAGCGUAGAAGAUGAAGAAGGCUUGCACACCCCACCUCCCAGCCCCGUUGAGAAAGAUACAUAUGAAGAAGAAAAUCAGUCUGAAGAAGAAGAAUGUGAGGAAAUUACAGAAAUUGUAGAGACUUUUACUGAAUGUCUUGAUGGCAAAACUGUGAGAACAAUAAGAAAAACGACCACCAUUAAUUCUCAGGGUACAACCAUAAGAACUGAAAUACUAAAAGAAGAAACCCGUGAAACUUCUCUGGACACACUUGCUGCCCGUCUGUCUGUGGGUGACGGAACAACAGAGUCCCAGACAGCAGAUGAAACUGGUGUCUUACCAGAAAUUGUGUUUAAAGAGGAUAUUGUACAAGAAACCGAAACUCUUCAAGCAGCAGCUCCACCUAUUGGAGGAGUUGACUAUGACGCACGUCAAAAACCGACUGGUACAGCAUCUGUUCAACAACAACAGUAUGAGGCAGGACAAGUUGAACCAGACAUGGCACAAAUAGUUGAAAGUCUGAGAGAGGAUUUAAUGCCAGAGGGACAUGAUGUGACACGUAAAAGAAAAAUGACAACAUCUUCCUCUUCGUCAUCUUCUGAUUAUGAAUCUGACAAAGAGGUUGAAGGAAUACCACAAGAAACAAAGAAAGUUACUAUCACUGAAAAUGAGGAGAUCAAAGAUGAAACUUUGGGAGAUGGUAGUAAACCUAAACAGGAAACCAACAUAAGGGCAAUAAUUGAUCAAGCAAAAAGAAAAAGUUCUUCCAGUUCAAGCUCAGAAGAUGAAACUGAUAGCAAAGUAAGACCUCCACCUAGUACAGUGGACAUUGAGGAGGUGAGGAAAGAAGAAAACAAGGUAACAGUAGAGCAACCAGGAGAUGCCAUUAGAGACCAGCAGCUACCAGUAAAACAGAAAGAGAUUACACAGGAAGUCAAAUCAAGAUCUAGAUCAUCAUCAAGUGGUUCUUCUGCAUCUGAGAAAAGUGUAGAAAGGGGUGAAAUUGAAAAAGAGGCUACAAAAUAUGAUGGAGAACAGGUUCCUCAAACUAAACAAAUUGAGAUAACAGAAGAAAGGAAAGAAGUUGUUGAGAAGGUUAAACCAAGGUCAUUAUCAUCUAGUAAUUCAUCAGCUUCAGAACAAGAUGUUGAAAGAGGUGAAGAAACUGUUGAGAUGGAAAAACAAGAGGUCAUAAAAGCCACUGGUAAUAGGAUUCCACCCACUAAACAAACUGAAGGAGAGAAAGAAGUCCUAGGUGAGGUCAGAACUAGAUCUGGAUCAUCAUCAAGUAGUUCAUCUGCAUCUGAGAAAAGUGUAGAAAGGGGUGAAAUUGAAAAAGAGGCUACAAAAUCUGAUGGAGAACAGGUUCCUCAAACUAAACAAAUUGAGAUAACAGAAGAAAGGAAAGAAGUUGUUGAGAAGGUUAAACCAAGAUCAUCAUCAUCUAGUAAUUCAUCAGCUUCAGAACAAGAUGUUGAAAGAGGUGAAGAAACUGUUGAGAUGGAAAAACAAGAGGUCAUAAAAGCCACUGGUAAUAGGAUUCCACCCACUAAACAAACUGAAGGAGAGAAAGAAGUCCUAGGUGAGGUCAGAACUAGAUCUGGAUCAUCAUCAAGUAGUUCAUCUGGGGGUCAAGAUACUGAAAGGAAAGAGGACACAAAAGAUGUUUUAGAGGCCACUGAACCACAGAUUGUGUUUGAAAGAGAUGACAUUCCUGCGUCUAAACUUGUUGAAAUAUCUGAGGAUAAAAGAGAGCUUAUUGCAGAUGUGAGACCAGACAGGACAAGGUCAACAUCAUCUUCUUCAAUGUCAUCAGUCUCAGACAAGGAAAUUGAAAGAACAGAGCAAACAAUUGAUGUGCAAGAAAAGGUAGUAGAAGUAAGGAAACCAUCUGGACCCCAAUUAACUUCUCCCAAGCAAACAACUGACCAAAUAGAUAAGGAGAUCAAACCUAGAUCAUCCUCUUCAUCUUCUAGUUCAUCUAGUGAAGAUGAGAAGUCUGAUGUUAAAAAAGAGGUGAUAGAAGUUACCAAAACAGAAGUUGUUACUAGCCAAAUACCAUCGUCUAAACAGUCAGAGGAGAUGGUUGGAUCAGAGUCUCCAUCUAGUUCUGAUGAUGAGGAUUCACGACCUGGAUGUGAAGUUAGUAUUACUCAGACAACUGUCAUUAAAAUAAAAGAGGAAAGACCAAAGACAACUGUUCAAGAAACUGAAGUAGAGGGUCAAAGUAUAGAAAAACUUCCCGAAUCUAGAACAUCAAGCUCAUCUAGUACAGGUCUUAAAUCACCUAAGAGAAAAGGUAGUUCUGGCUCUGAAAGUGGGGGUUACAGUUCUGGAUCAUCUAGCGAAGGUCAAGAUAGUAGCGCUAGGGUGUUAUCGCAGGUGGAACGUCAAGAACGAUUUGAAACUGUAGAGAAGAAAAAAUUGCUUAAUAGAGAUGGACCAAGUACUGUAGAAACUGAAACACAAGCUGACCAUUUGAUGUUAGAUGAAAAUUACCAAAUAGACCAAGAUGAGGGAGAAGACUUUUCUGGACCUGACGAGAUCGUAACAAAAACAUGGAAAAUUGAUGAUGACGGAGAAAUAAUAAAGGAUAAAUAUCCUCUAAUCGAUAUUGAGGUCAAAGGUGAAAACAGACGGACAGAAUCUGUUUCAUCUUCUUCAUCAUCGUCAUCAUCAUCAUCAUCAGAGAAUGGGAAGGAAAUUUUUGUACAGUGUGAACGUGGAGAAGAGUUUGAGACCAUAACAAAACCAUGCUACUCUUCAAAAGAAAUACUUAAUAACAUUCCUGAUACAGAUGUAUGGGGCUUUGAUGAGACUCCAUAUACCAGAGAGGAAGACUUUGAGGAGAUUCAGCAUGCCAGAGAGGAAUACAUUGAGGAGAUUCAGCAUGCCAGAGAGGAAGAAUUUAAUACUCAAUGUGACAGAGGGGAAGACUUUCAGGUAGAAAUCAAGGCAACACUUCCUAAGAUUAAACCAGAAUCCAUUGGAAGUUCAAGGUCAAUUUUUUCAUCAUCAAUGUCUGAAUCAAGUAUGGGUGGUACAGAUGUUGUAGAGGAGAUCUAUGAUUUAGCACGACAGGUCGAGAGGGAAGAACAAUAUGAAAUAACUUCACGACCUGUCUUGUUCGGCAAAGGUGAUUUGGAACCAGUAUUUGAUGCAAAUUUAUCUGGUGGACAAAGCAUGUAUGAAGAAACAUUACCUGAUGGCACUGUUGUUAGACACACUAAGAUGCACACGAUGCAGCAACCAUCAGUUUCUGGAAAUAUGGAAUUAGUGGAGGAAGAAGGGCCAGAGAGAGAAGUUGUUGAUUAUGAUGAAGAUGAAAACAUUUUACCUGACGGGACUGUACAUAGAGUGACCAGAAUGAGACGACAUUCUCUAAAACAUAUCCAUCGCAGUGUCAAAUCAGAAGACUCAGAAAAGGAGAUUUUUGAAGGAGAAGUUGAGGUUCCUGGUAGUACUAGAGAAGAAAUUGUAGAAGUAUAUGAAGAUCCACCAAGAUUUGUAAAGGACGUGGAAGAAGUAGAGGUACGCCAACCAGACGGCUCAAUUAUCAAACGUAAAGUGACCAGUGGCCGUGUAGUACAUAAGAUCAAAACUCGCUCAUUAUCCAUUGAUGAAUCUGGAAAUGUAGAAGAAGAAGAAUACUCUGUAGAUGAAGUGGUCCCCAUGACAGAAUCAGCCUUUGCAGAAGGUGUAUCAAGUAGUAGUAGUAGUGAUACAGUGUCCAGUGACUCAGAAGACGAUGAGUCCCAACAAAUCAGGGCUGCCCCUGGUUUCAUGAAAGAAAACAGGAUGCAUGUACAUUUUAGAUCAGACGAACCAGACUUUGAAGGAGAUGACUUUUUACCAGAGCAAGAAUUUCAUGAGUUAGAUGAAAGUGGUUUUGCCAAAAGGGACAUAACUAAGAUCAGCUAUGAGCCUCACCUUGAAGACGAGGAGUCUUCAUCAUAUGAGGAAUAUGAAGAAGAAUCAGAGUUCUCAACCACCUCCAAUGAAUUAAAUAUUCAAGAACCUUUGGAAUCUGACACAUCAGAAAAUGUGGCAUCUCAGUCACAAGCCACCACAAAUAUACCACCGAUACAUCAACAAAUGGAAAGUCUUCAACGAUCUGAAGGCAGAAAUGUCUUCUCUAGUUACGAAAAUGUUUAUGAUGGAGUUCCUCUUGAUCCGAAAAUCAAUCGAAUGUCGGGAGAUGCUAGCGAGUUAGAUAUAGGAGACAGGUUUGAUACAAAACAGAAUGAACAACUGCAGGCCUCAGAUAGGUCAUCAAGUUAUGAAAAAAUUUACGAACAAGAAUCAAGGGAGAUAAUAGCCUUGGAGGAGGAUAAAUCUUCCGUUUCCUCUCACUCUGAGGUGGCUCAGCUCGAUGAUGUACAAGAUGCCAAGUUGGGUGAUGUGACAGAAGAAAAAGUUGUGGAUACUGACGUAGAGGAACAGUUCUCUCCCCUUCCCCCUAAAACUUCAGACAGACCAACUUUUUCCUUCUCUGAAUCACCUGUUGAUUCUGUUUCUCCUACUUAUAUCCAAGAGGAACUACCUGUCUCCCCUGUACAAGACUCCUUGCCUGUAACGGGGAGUAUAUCUGUAGGCGUGUCUCCGUCCGAGUUUAUACUGGAAGAAGACGAGCAUCUGGAACAUGACCAGCGACAUUUUAAAACAAUAGAGCAACCAGUGAAAGACAAAAAAGAUGUCAGUGAAGAGAGAGAAGAAAGAACGGAAACACAAAUGACAUGUACUGAAAUUAAAUCAACAGACAUCUGUAGAUCAAAGGAAGUUAUAAUUAAACAAGACAGUAUGUUUUCAGAUUCAUUUGAUGAACCAGUAUCUGAUGAAAGGAAAGACCAGCUUCAUGAUAUGGCAUUUGAAAAUUAUGCUUUCAGUGAAGAAGACACUGAAUUAGAACAGAUAACUAAACAGCCACCAUCUAAGGGAUCCGGCAGAGAAAUUUCCCCAGAAGACCUUAGAGAGUCAUUUAAUGAGUUCAGUUUUAAUGAAAACCAAUUACUAGAACUUAAAGCAGAUCUGAAGAAAACUGGACAGCAAGGUUUGUAUGAAGCCAAAAAAGAUGAGUAUGCUCAAACUCAUCGUACACCUAGCGAUGAUAGCUAUAAAAUAGAACCUGCUCUGAAUGAGGCAGACGAGGAUGAAAUGUUAGAUGAAGCUGCAGGUGGUUUCCUAGCACCACAAGACAAUCAACUUCCUGUGUUGACUCAAUCUGAUACCAGUACCGACAGUUCUGGUGGUGUAUAUGAUGAGACAACAGGUACAUUUACAAGAGAACCAUGGGAAGUAGCUCAACAGUUCAAACGUCAAUUUUCUGAUCCAUUUAAAGAACAAGAAGACGAGCCCUCUUCAUCACAUAUUCAAACGGCUCAAUCAAUAGACAUGGGCAGCUUCUAUAGACAAGAACGAAUAGACAUAUCAGGAAUAUCAGAGUAUACAGGAAGUGAUGAAACAAUCUGUUCUUCAUAUCGCAAAUUAUCACAAAUGUUUCAUAGUGAACCACAUGACCAGAUAUCAGAAACCCAUGACAAAACUGUCAUAUCUAGUAUCCUGGAAAGUAGGAAGUAUGAGUUAGAGAUGCUGCAGAGAUCUGAAACAGAGGCUGAAGUAGAAUCUGCAGAGGUUGCUGUUCAGUUCCCAGAAUCCUUUGUUCUUAACAUGCCUGGUUCAGAAAAAAGAGGUGCAUCAACUGAAUGUUUGAUAUCAGAUGUACUUUAUGGGAGAACUGAUGAUGUUUCUGGUGAAGAUCUAUUUGCCAGGGAAGAUGUAACCACCGACACUUCUCUGACUCCAGUGACAGAAAAUGUACCAUUAGAGACAGAGGUUGUGAGUAGAAUAUCAAGGAUUGCUCAGGAGGAGUUAUUACAGGAAUCUUCUGAUGAACGUGAUAGAUCAAUAUCCCCAUCGAUUGACAGUGAUGAUAUGCAGGAUGAAUGUACACCACAGGAACGACCUUCAAAUUUUGCAUCUGGGAAAUUCCCCAUGGGUUUAACCCAUUUUGGGAAAAACCUUGCAGACAAUGAGAUUUAUGAGUCUUCCGAAACAGGUGGCGAUACAACAGAGGAAAAAUUAUCUCCCAUUGAAGAAACACCAACUGAUGAAUUCCCAGAGGAACAGGAGGAACAGGAUGAAAGUCAGAUUCCUACUACAGAAAAACGAGUUACAUUCCAAACUGACAAUCAACAUUUACAGUCAUUAUCUAGUGAGGAAUUAAUCAAAACAUCUACUUCCUCAUCAGAAAUGGAACCAACUCUGUUGGCAGCUUCAUAUGAUUUGGAGUCAGGUCAUGUUUCCAGAGUAGUAACCACUUAUGAUGUGUCUCCUGAUUCGGUGGAGAAGCAGUUUCCAGUCCCUGCCAUGACUAAAGCCAUAUUAUCUAGUCCUGAAGAUGAUGUCUUUGAAGAAGAAUCACAUAGUGAUGUAGCAAGCCCAAACUUGUUGGUAGUAUCACCUAGAGGAAAGCAACAACCACUUCAAGUUUCAAGUUCUACUGAGUCGUAUGUCCCAUCACCUCCUGCUCCUACACCAAAAGAUGCUACAAAUGGACAUGAUAUACAGCCAGAUCUAGAGGGAGCAGCCAUCAAACUUCAAGAUACAUUUGCUGAGCAGGAAACUGAAGCUCAAUCAAAAUCAGAAACAGAGGUAGUGACAGAACAAGAAAUUGUUCAGAUUGAUUCAGUGGAACAAGAAUUAGAUGAAGAACCCAGUUCUCCAUUUGAACUAGUAUCAGAUACAGAACUAGUAGGUUUUAAAGAUUACAUGGAAGAGUAUGAAAAAGUACAAAUGCUUAGGUCAUCAGAAUCAAUGGCAACAUCUAGUAGUUUUACAGAUGUUGGAGAAAUGGACAAAUCAGGACAAUCACUAGAGAUCAUCAGUCCUUUGUGUUCCACUAAAGGGGAAGCAACUCCAGCUCAAUCCUAUGACAAGAGUGAAUCAUCAUUCGAACAUUCCUCACCAAUCAGCAGUGAAGCCAGUGAGAAAGGCAUAGGAUCCCCAUUUGAUAUUCCACAGAUGGCAGAGUUUUCUAAUCUUUUACCAGAUCUUACAGAAACACCGGCUAUAGUCAAUGAAGAACAAACACAAGAAAAGACAGUUCAGUUACCUAAUGGUCCAACCGAAGUAGAAUACAGCCCUACUAUAGAUUUAGAUUACAGCUAUGGUGGGGAAGCCUCAGCUAGUCAAACAGAGGAAAUUCAACAAAUUCAAACAAUGUCACCAACACCAGUACAGCAAACUGAAUCAAUUGUUCAGGAAGAGUCAGUUGUCCAGGAAGCAGAAGGUCAACAAGAUGUUGACAUUCCACCGAGAGAAAAUAUGAUGAUUGAAUCUAAUACAGAAGGAAUGAUGGAGUCGAUACCAGGACAGGAUCGGUUAUUGAUGUCAGAUCAGACAUUGUAUGGAUUGGACAUGCCAUCAGAAGAAAGUGGUCUGCAUUCUUUAUCAACAUCACUUCUUGAAACAUCAGUGAAACAUGAUACCGAAGCAGACUUGGAUUCGGUUAGCUACUCUGUAGGUUUGACAUCCCAAGGUGAUGAGGAAGCCUCUGAUCAAAGUGAAAGUAGAGAUAUCACCAUGAGAACAAGUGAUCAAAUUACCAUGGAAUUAGUACUCACAGAACAGACUCAGACUGAGACAGUGGGACAGUAUGCUAGAAGUCCUGGUGAAGUUUAUCCAGGCAAAAGAGCAUUGCAGUUGUCUGACAUUGAACAACAGAGAAGUCUGGAAAAAGAGGCUGAGAUGGAAAUAUUAGUAAGAUCUUCAGAAGAUUUAGAGGACUUAUUAGACGACAAAACAGUUGAUCCAGAUUUAGAUGAGGAAAUUGCUGAGAUAUCAAAGCAUUAUCAAGAACAAGAAAUGCCUGUAGCUAUAUGUAAGACAAAUGAAUUAGGAGCCAUAUGUAUGUUGGAGGAAGGAGAUCUUGAGGUUAAGUCUAUGGAUGAUCUUCAGAGGCCAGUAUCAAGUGAAUCUUAUUUUUCACAGUUAGAUUUUGCUGAAGGAGAUGACGAUGAGAGCCAGGAAUUGUUUGAUUUAAGAAUUGAUUCUGCGGAUUUGGAAAGGCCAGUAACUCCAACACCAGUAGAUCAGAAACAACAUACUUUCCAUGAUGAGGGAGACAAUGAAGAGGAAGAUGAUGAAGAUAUUGAGGAAGCUGCUGAAGAAUUGGUAGAUUCUGUAAUACAUGAAGCAUAUAGUCGUGUUCAUAGAGACGAGAACUCUAACAGCUCCGAAGUAGUUGAUGAACAGAUUGUAAAGUCAGUAGAAUCUCUUGAAGAAAAAGACGAAGUGCCAAAUCUUACCACUGUACAAGUUACUGGUCCAAGAUUAAUUAGGCAGCUAUCAGAGGACAUACCAGAAAUAACAAUUACACAACAUUUGCAUGAAGAGGAGAGCUCAGAUGAAGAAAAAUACUUAUCUUGUUAUAAAGUGGAACCAGAAGUACAAACAAAAAGUAGAGAAGAAACAGAAAGUAAGCAUUUUGUUGAAGAAGAGGAACUGAUAUCUGCAAGCCAAUCACAACAAAUAAUGGCUGAAAUUCAUGGGCAAGGAAUUACUGCCACUUGUAUCCCUGAAGAAGAUGAGGAAGUGGAAGAAGAAAUUUUACCUCAAGCUAUACAGCCUGUGGCUUCACGAAGACCAGAUAGAGACUAUACUGAUUUUGGACCUACAUGUAUACCCGAAGAGGAAGACAUUGAAGAAGAUGACAUGAAAGUUGAAACAGUAUCAAAGUCAUCAGCCACUAGACCCUUACAAGUAUUCCCAUACCCUGGAGUUGAUUUGACAGAUUCAAAGAAAGUCUCUUCAACAAAACAAACCACAUCAUCAGAGUUUGAUUCCAAACAUUAUCAGGAGUCUGUUUCAAGCAGUUCCUACAGUUACUCUGAAGCCAGACAAACCACACAUAUAGAAACUGCCGUUACAUCAUCUGUGUCACAUGAUCUUGUGUCCUUAGAACUAAGUAUUAAUCAAGGUGACAAAGGUCAUGAAGAUAUUGAUGCAGAACCCCUUGAAGACUAUAAAGUAGGAGUACCUGAUGAUGAAGAUGACAAAAUAGAACCAAAUUCAGAAGAUCAUUUUUUUGAGUUAGCCUCUGGUGUUGAUACACUCACUGACAGCAUAGAUCCCCAAACAGAACUGACUGAAUCAAAACCAGAGGACAUUGGUGCUGAAACUCCUACCGAUAACGAAUUCAAAAGUAUUGUACCUGAUGAACCUAUAAUUGAAUCACAUGACACUGGUCUCCAUGACGAUGCAGGAGACUCUUCAAGUAUUGACAGUUUUACAACAGUUGUAGCUGCUGAGGAGCAGGAAGAUGACGAUGAAAAAGCAGAUAAACGAAUGGAUGAUUUUAGUUCUAUGACAUCAUCUUUUCAUUCUGAUAUUCAAGGACCUGAAGAAGAAAUACAUGAAGUUUCAGGUCCAUUAGUUGACUGGGGACAGGAACCCUUAUUUGACCUUGAAAGUGGAGCUUUUCCUGUAGAGGAAAAACCAGUGACUGCCAGCAAGCUCAUUCCUGUUACUGUUAAACAUGAAAAAACAACUGAAGAUACAAAAUAUAAGAAGCAAGAACACGAGGAUAAAUCAAAAAUUGAAACAGAAGCCUUAAAACGAAAAUUGUUGGAAUUAGAGGUAAAACAUGAGCAACUCAUACAAGAAGAAAAGGAGGAUGAGGACUAUGGAGAGGGACCUUUGAUAGAGUGGGGUCCACGAGAGGAAGAUGGCAGUGAAUCGUCAUUUGAAAGUGAUAGGUAUGAAUAUAUAGAUAAAACAGCAUUAUCAAUUAUAACAGAAAUAUCGGAUGAAGAUAAAUUUGAGAUGAUAGACAAGGAUGACAUGAUGUCAGAAUCUCUAUCUGAUCGACCUUACAGUUCACCAGAUUAUCCUCCACCUAGUCCAGGCAACUUCAAAAGUAAAAGUGGUGAGAAAGAUGAUAUAUCUAUUACUUCUUCGCUGUUGGAGUUUGAGAGGCUAGAACAAGAGAUUGAACAGGGUGCAUCUCGUGGUUCUAUAGAAACUGACAAAGACAGUCAAAAAGGAUCCGGGGAUGAUCGACUCAGAGAUGAUAUUUCCAUUACUUCAUCUGUAGCUGAGUUUGAACGAUUUGAGCGAGAACUUUGUCAGUCUAGCUCUACUAGCUCAGUUGAAAAAAUACCAUCCUCUGAUAGUAAAAGUAGUGACAUUGAAGGAUCAAGGUCUUCUCUAGCUGAAGUUGAAAAAUUAGACCAAACAAUUGAAGAGAGACGUAUCUCUGUAGAAAGUUACAAACAGAGGAGUGAGACUUCUUCAAUGGCUUCACUAAUUGAGUUUGAAAAAAUAGAACAAGAGCUUCAAAUGGCUGAAGAACUUGAGGCUGAAGCACAAAAGAUUGUUUCAAUAUUGGAGGCAGGGACUUUACUAUCCAAACAACAAUACGAAAGUCAGACUGACAGCAUAUCAGAGGAGAAAACAUUAAUCAAAGACAGGGAUAUUGAUAACGAUUCUAUUGAUGGCAAAGAUGAAUUAGAAGAUUCUCUUGGAGACAAAAAAUCACAGAAAGAUAAAAGUCAGGAAGAUGAUGAAGAUUCAUUAGAUGGUGAAUCAGACAUAACCUCUAUGACCUCCAGUGUAGUAAUGGUGGGAGGAGACUUGAUGUCAACAUCAAACAUUUCUCAGGCAUCGCAGACAUCACAAAAAUCUUCAAAAAGCUCAUCAAAAGAAUCAGAUUCAUUACGGGAUGAUUCUCUGAUGAAAAUAUCUACUGAUUCUUUAGGAGAACAGUUUGGUUUCAAACCUCACAAAGAUAAAUAUGAUAAUGACUCUUUGCUUGAUAUGGAAGGGGUCAUGGAAAGGUCAACUGACUCACUGGAAAAUGAGCAAAAGGUUGAAACUGAUUCACUUCAAGGUGCUGAAGAUGUCAUGCAGACAUCUGGUGAUUCAUUAGAAGAUCAGCUAACUGGUUCAGACAAACAUGAAAGUAUUAUGGAAUCUUCCUUCUACAGUAUUACAAGUUCAAACUUUUCAAGGUCAUCAGCAGACACUAUGAGGUCAGCUGGGUCAAAAAGUGACUCAAGUACUGAUAUAAUGCAGGUUUCAAAAGAAUCAUUGGAAAAUAGAAAGAAAAGAGAGAAAAAUUGGUUAAUAGAUAAUUACCAUAGCUAUAAAACAACAGGUAUUGGCAGUCCUUUUAUAGAUUACCAAGGCAACGUAGAACCUGAACUCACAAGUUUUCAUAUAGAAGAUAAUUAUGAAUUCUCAUCAAAACAAUCAGAUUGUAGUGAAGAUACCCCAAUCACACCAAAACCAUUUACAUGGGGACCUUAUGAGGAGAGAAAAAGAAUUUACACCAUGGCAGAAUGGGAAGCCAUGAAGGAAGAAAAGAGAAGAGCUUCAAUUACAACAAAACUGGAGAAAGAUGAUGACGAUGAUGAUGAUGACACUAAAACUGAUACCAAAGAUAAAACUACCACUGUGAUAACCUCAAAAAAAUCCUCUAGCCAAACUGUUACUUCUUACUCCUCCUCCUCCUCCUCCUCUCACCAAACGUGGUCUACUGACAGUACUAACAAAGACCAGAGAGAGGCAUUUGAAAGAGAAAAGGCUUCAGAAAUACCUAUACAAAUUAAAGCCCAGAAAAGUGGAGCUGAUAUUACAGAAGACAAGCCAGACAAAGAUGAUGACCAGUCAGAAGGAGCUGAAGGAGGAGACGUGCAAAAAGCCAGAAUGGUGAUGACAAAACAGAUUCAUACAACUACUGUACUAAAAGAUGGACAAGAACACACAACUGUACACGAGGAAACAAAUGUACAAGAAGAUGAUACUCCAGAUGUUUUACGUGAGAGCAUGCAGGGAAUUAUCGACCAGUUUAUGGAGCAACCACCUCAACAGGAGAAACCAACAUCACAUGAAACUGAAAUCUAAUGAACACAUGCCAAAGUCUGAUUCUCCCAGUAGAAGACUGACUGAUUUGUUCUUAACUUUGAGGCCCAAUAAGGGAUCUUAUUACAUUUUAUCUUCUUGAUUUUUUCAUCCAAAUGUUGAGAAACAAUUUAUCAUUUAAUCACAAAGAUAUAAUAGGAAACUCAUUUUACACAAAUUGCUUCAUAAAGGAAUUAUAAACAGUAAGAUUUGGGAUGCUUAAUCAUUGUAAUCAUUGUAAUCAGUGUUUAGAAGGGCAUAAUCAGUAAAAUCAUUCUCCUGUGUCAAAUAUGUACCACUCUUCUGAUUUGUAAAUGUAUUUGCUUGUCAAAUAUAGAUCUGAAUUUAUUGUCAUAAUAAUUCAUUAGAGGGUAUACAACUAUUCAUUGUAUUGAGGUGCUAUAUUAAUGAUAGCUUAGAGGUGUUAAUUUGGAAAUGUGCAUGUCAUAAAUAUUUCUAAAAGUAGGUGUGUGUGUGCACUUGAAUUGACCAAUAGAUAUCAUAGUUAUAUAUGAAGGUUGUAUUCCCUCAACUUUCGCUUUUGUUAUUAGUAUGUAUGUUUUAGCAUAGGUUAUAAUUAUAAGUGAUGUUAAUUUUAUAUAAAAUCAUGUAAACUAUUACAUAUUUUUAUUGCCUUAACUUUUAGCUAAGUUAUUAGUUUUGCUUAACAUAAGAUUGAUUAUCAAUCAAACUGGUCUUUCGAGUUAAGCUAUUAAGUAAAUAAUUAACCAGUCAGAAAUGAACACGCAUUCGAUAGUUCUUGCCAUUUAAAGCUUUUGUAUUUGCCUAAAAAUUUUUACCUACUUUUUACUUUUUAGUUAAACAAAGUUAAAUGCAUAGCACUCAUAGUAAUACUCCUUCCGUUUCGUAGAUCCAUUAUUUUUUUUUUUGCUUUUUUAUACACAAUGAAGGAUAUAUUAGGUGUAGAUUGCAUUUUAAUUUCUCAAAGGUAAAAAUCUGUCUGGCAUUAAGAUUUGAAUAAUCCAUAGCUUUUUGCUAUUUGUGUUUUCAUUGAAGAAUCAAAAUAAGAUCCAUCAGAAAUGUUGUUUUGUAAAACUGAAUCGUGAUUGGUGAAUUAUUGUUUAAAUAAAUAGCUUAAAAGUGUUA